AUGUCUUUGAUGGAAAGCACCGGACAGACCCCUUCCGGUUUCUUCACCCGCAGUCUUGCUGAAGCCGAUGCAGACAUAUUUGGCACCAUUCAACAGGAACUCGGCCGACAGCAGCACGAAAUCGAGCUGAUUGCGUCGGAAAACAUUGUCUCCCGCGCUGUUCUCGAAGCCCAGGGGUCGAUUUUCACGAACAAAUACGCAGAAGGCUAUCCAGGCAAGCGCUACUACGGUGGUUGCGAGUUUGCUGACGUCGCCGAGACACUCGCCAUUGAACGUGCCAAGGAACUGUUCGGUUGCCAGUUUGCAAAUGUUCAGCCGAAUUCGGGCAGCCAGAUGAACCAGGCGGUGUUCCUGGCGCUGUUGCAGCCCGGGGAUACCUUCAUGGGUCUCGACCUGAAUUCCGGUGGCCACCUUACGCACGGUUCGCCUGUAAACAUGUCUGGAAAGUGGUUCAACGUUGUCUCCUACGGUGUGCGUGAAGACGAUCAUCUACUCGACAUGGAAGAGGUCGAGCGCCUCGCACAGGAACACAAGCCAAAGCUCAUUCUCGCCGGUGGCACGGCAUAUUCUCGUAUCUGGGACUGGAAAAAGUUUCGCGAAAUUGCCGACAGUAUCGGUGCCUACCUGAUGGUCGACAUGGCCCAUAUCGCCGGUCUCGUGGCCGGAGGUGUCCAUCCGUCCCCGGUUCCGCAUGCGCAUGUCGUUACCAGCACCACGCACAAGUCCCUGCGUGGCCCGCGCGGUGGUCUGAUCCUGUCCAACGACGAAGCGAUUGCCAAAAAGAUGAACUCGGCGGUUUUUCCCGGAUUGCAGGGUGGCCCUCUGAUGCAUGUGAUUGCCGCCAAGGCCGUAGCCUUCAAGGAAGCGCUUCAACCUGAUUUCAAGGCCUAUGCACGUGCUGUUGCCGAAAACGCCAAGGCUUUGUCCGAAGCAUUGAAGGAACAGGGUCUCGAUAUCGUUUCAGGCGGUACGGACAACCACCUGAUGCUGGUUGACCUGCGCCCGAAGAAUGCAACCGGCAAGGUUGCUGAAAAGGCUUUGGGGCGUGCCAACAUCACCUGUAACAAGAACGGAAUUCCGUUUGAUCCGGAAAAGCCAUUUGUGACAUCCGGCAUCCGGCUGGGUACUCCGGCGGCGACCACGCGCGGGUUCGGCGUGGCCGAAUUCCGGGAAGUUGCCGCGCUGAUCACGGAAGUGUUGGAUGGAUUGAAGGCCGCAAACAGUGAAGAGGGCAACGCGGCGGUUGAAGCAGCCGUCAAAGCCAAGGUAGAAGCACUGACAGCCAGGUUCCCGAUCUACGGGGGAUAA